CCUGGCUGACUGAAGACGCCCAAAAAUCCUUCAGCUUAACAAAUGCGACAAAAAGCGAUUAAAUGCACCGUCGAAUUGAAAGUACAAGCUAUCACUUGUCCAGGGGUGAUACUACCAUCCCAAGAGGACAUUUAUUUAAGUGUUCGGAUAAUGGGUCAGUACCAAAAGUCCAAGUGUGUUCCUCCAGUUUUCCCUCUGCUGCUGCAUAAACAAAUGGUGUUUGUGAAGACCUUUGUAGGAAUGCUUGACCCGGCUGCUGUAGCUGAGCAUCUGGAGAAUGAUACAACAUCUUUAGAGCUCAUUCAGCUUGUUCCUCCAGAGGGUGAAAUCCUGGCCACGUUUGAAGCCGACACGCGAGAGUUUCUGUAUCCAAGCCCUCGUCUGACUCCCAGAAGCCCCGGCCCAGAGAGAGAGAUUCUGAUGAAGAGAUCCAUCUCCUUCCCUGGAAUCUCUCCCAGAGUGGUGUUUUCGACGACGUCUAUUAUUGAGGAGUGUGAUGUGAAACAUGGUCAGCCUGCCGUGUCUUCACAUGGUCGAUCCUCUGCUGAGCCCACUCCUGUGAGAACUUGCCUUUCUAGUGCUAAGAAGAAGAAAGCAGACAAAGUAUCAUCUUGUGGAUAUGAAAAGUCAACAGUUGCGUCUAGAAGCCGAGCUCCAUCACCUUACACUCACCGUAAAAUGUGUCAGCUGUCCGAGGAGGCCAGACAGCGACUCAGCCACCUCAAACUGGGGCCCUACACAUUUCAGAAAGAGACAGCCCCUCAGGCUCCAUUCGUGGUCCCCCGAAGCCCAAAUACGUCUCUAAUGGAAUCCCCCACACAUCUAACAUCUCAGUCUUUUACUAAACGAAGCCCCCUACAUAUGCGAUCACGGAGCUACACCACAGAGCUUACAGAUCUCUCUCUACUUGGAAGCUUCAGGUCAAAGCCCUCACAGGAGGCAUCCAUGCAAGCAGCUAGAAGUUUCCCAAAUAAAUCCCCCAAAGAUAAGUCCACCCCAGCGUCCAGAAUACUUCUAGAUCAGAGUCCAGUGCUGACACGAUGUUCCCUGAAAGAACGGUUCCAGAGUUCAUCCAGUCCCUCGCAGUCACAGGAGAUCCACAAGCGAGUGCAGAGAAUCCUAAACAGACACGGACCCCGCUGCAAGCUUUCUUUUGAUAAAGAGAGUGAGGAGGAGGAGAAGGGAGUCAGACAGAGUUCAUGUGUUUCCGCCCACUGUGAUUCAGUGAUUGACAGCCGGCUGCAACAGGACAGUAGGAGUAUUUCUGGAGAACCAUCUGCUCAUUUAGACAGCAGAACAUUCUGGACCAGCAGAGCGACAGCGCACACAGAGACGUCCCACAGAGCAGCCUUUGAGGACAGUCUGAGCAACAUUUACAAAGAGCUCUACACAAACGCAUCACAAAACAUCUGGACGCAGUGACCACACACAAAUGCAACUUUCUAUUUCUGGUAAAUUAGUUUUAUUUUAUUUAUUUCAAUUGUUUUGCCACAAAUUUCAGAACCCUGACAUCAACUUUCUGAACGUCACUACUAUUAAUGCAGGAUUUCCAGUGUUCAAAACAUUGCAUGUUGCGUUCAUUUCUAUAGAGAAGUCUUGCAUUUGCAGGAUCAUUGGUUCACAAAAUCCUUUUAUCAUACAAAUACUACAGAAACACAACUUUAGAUCACCCAUAAACAAGAUGCGCAUCGUUUUAAUAAACAAUCAUUCAAUAUUGCGUUUUAAAUAUGAUACAGCUUUUAUUAUUGUUUAUAUGUGUAGAGAAAACAGUACAGUGGAAACACUCAACUGAAGUUUUAUUUAUUCAAUCAUAAUGUCAUAAUAUUUACUGUUAACAAAAGUGUUUCUCACUGCACGUCCCUUUAUUAAAAAGCUGACAUAUGGCAUGAUGUAUAACAACAUACUCAAAUUACAAUUGGAUUUCACAUUCUAGAAUUACUGUAAAAUGUCCAAUUUUUGUUUACUGUCUGCAAAUGUAAAGUUAUUUUUGCAAUGUUUUGAAAAAUAUGUGUGUGUUCAUAUAUGGACACAUAUAAUUAUUUACACAACAGAUAUACUAUUCUAAUUUCAGAAAAAAAACCCCACAAUUUUUGCAAUAUUUUGACAUGACAUAUUUUAUGUGUGAAAUCAAUAUGAACUAGUAUAUCAUAUGUAAUUUGCAUAUAUUUCUAUACAUCAGAUUACUUUUUUGGAUAUGUGUUUCAGUCAAUGCAAUUCUGAUAUUGGUCUGCUGUGAUUAGGCUUUCUUGCAUACAGUAAUGUCAAAUAUGAAAACGUUGUCUGUAAAAGUGGUACAUGGAUUAAGGAUAAAAUAGUUAAUAAUGUAGUCCAGUUGGGUCGUCUUCUGUAGUAACUGAUGUCAUUUGAUCUAUCCUCAAACUUUCAUCAUCUAAAUAUGUAAUAUUGUACAUCGGUUCCAAUGCAGCAAGAGUAAUGCAACAUUUAGUUAUUAUUUAGAGCGCUUGUAUCAGUUGCAUGUUCAUUAAAUGAAUCCACAUUUAUUUCAAAUGUAAUGUUCGAGUUGCAUUUUGAAAUGGCAGCAAUUCGAUGUUUAAUCUUAUUAUAUUGAAAAGGUGAUUUUUAGAUCAUUGAACAAAGUGUCUUUGACUUUUGUAUUUUGUCUGAGCAUUUAAAAAAAAGUUCAGUUUUGCAAAAAUGUGCAAUUUUGACAAUGGUUGUAAAUUGUGUCUAGAGUUUUAAAAAUUGACACCAGAGUUCUGAAAUUUGUGGCAAAACAAUUGAAAAAAAUAUAUAUAAAUCAGGGAACAAUUUACAGGACAGGAGAUAGUACAUAUUAGUUUUUAUUAUCAAAAGUAUUAUUAAAUAUAGAAAACAAGACAAUGCAUUAGUAUUGGAAGAUUUAUUGUGAAUCCACACCCAGACAGAUGUUCUUGAUGUAAUCCCAAGUGAAAAUCAAGCUUUAAAAAGUAUAAAAUCUUUUUU